UCAACAUGUACCGCAUUACAACACUCUUGAUUUUACAAAUUUUUGGUUCGGAGGGGGUCGAGGAUGUUUUAUCGUUCGCGAAGCCCGACAACGUUUCGACUUUCGUUUGUACCGAUGGCUCGAGGAUAGAAUUGUCCAACGUUUGCAACGGAUUGCCGGACUGUCCAGACUCCUCGGACGAGCUCAAAAAACUCUGUCAUCACGUAGUGUGUCCGAAGACGUUUUACCGGUGCUCGUACGGCGCGUGCGUUGCAAGAAAAGCUCGCUGCGACGGUUAUCGAGACUGUUUCGACGGGAGCGACGAAUUCGCCUGCGAACUCGUUGAAAUUUGUACCGAUCGACAGCAUCGCUGCUUAACGUCGGAUCUGUGUCUUCCACUCGAUAAAAUUUGUAACGGUUAUUCGGAUUGUUCCGACGGGAGUGACGAAACGGAAAUACUCUGCGAAGAUUACCCCUGCCCCUCUUCCGGUUUCCGUUGCGCUUACGGUGGCUGCGUUCAUCAGGAAACGAUAUGCGACGGUGUGAAAGAUUGUCUCGACGGUAGUGACGAAAAGAGCUCUGCUUGCCCGACCGUUAAUUGCAACGGAACCGAAUGUCUCACCGUAACGUGCGGUGAAGAAGAAUUCGGUUGUGAAAGCGGAGAUCAAUGUAUUCCGGCGCGGAGAGUCUGUGACGGGACGCAUCAGUGUCGCGAUGCAUCGGACGAGCGACCAGAAGUUUGCGCAACCCGCAAGUGUCAAGACGGCUUCUUCAGAUGUCGAUACGGGGCUUGCAUACCGGGGGCUCUGAAGUGCAAUAUUCAAGCGAACUGCCACGAUUGGAGCGACGAGGACGAAUCGGCAUGCGGAGUCUCACUCCCGGAAGGUGCUUGUCGCCUUCCACCGACCAAACCCGCAACUCAGUAUCGAGUUUCCAACUGCGCCGACUGUCGGCCCGCUCAGGUGGUGCCACAAUUGACGAGGCUCGAUUACUCCUGCACGGGGGAUGGUGCUCUCGAGGGCUCGAGCACCGUCCACUGUCUCGGCAACCGGUGGAAUCCUCCCGUUCCGGUUUGCGUCACCGAGAGCCGGGAUAUAACGUGUCCGCCGUUGGAGGCUCCCGGAGCCCAAAAAACUUGCAAACUCCUCUGGGGAGCUGAGCGAGGGUGGAUCGAUUGCAACGGUACGAUUAGCGUGGGAACUCGGGCGAGUCUCGAAUGUCCAGAGUUUUACGAACGCGAGAGCGGUGCCAGUAGCGUGAUUUGUCUUCACGACGGAACUUGGAGCCAACGUCCUCUUCGUUGCCGACCGAUCUGUGGCAUCCGCGACGACUAUUCCGCGGCUGCUCUCAUAAUAAACGGUUGGGAAUUGAAACCCGAGGAAGCUCUUCCCUGGCACGCGACAUUAUUUUCCCACGAAAAUGGCGAGUGGAAGUUCUUCUGUGGCGGAAGUUUGAUCGGCGAACGCGCGGUUUUAACCGCUGCUCAUUGCGUAUGGAAGACCGACGAGACGACUGUCAGAGUCGCGCUCGCCAGUUUUUCCAGCAAUUUUACGGCGCAGGCCGAAAUAACUCAGGUUUUUCAGGUUGUCAGCGUCCGAUUGCAAAAUGCCUAUCAGGAUCACGAGGGGAACUAUGGAUCGGACGCUGCUGUCCUUAUCCUCGAUCGAGCAGCCACCUUGAACGAGGCGGUUAGGCCGGUUUGUCUCGAUCGAUCGAAAUCUAUCGAAGAAACGCGGAGGAUCGGCGAGAUCGGCUUGGUCGCAGGCAUGGGAAUAACUGAGAACAACACGUUCAGCGCGAGGUUGCGAACAACGACGCUGAAAUUGGUGAGCCGAGAGAAAUGUCGCGAGGCUCAGAAGCGUGAUUUUCGAAAAUACAUAACAUACACGACCUUGUGCGCCGGAUGGUUGAACGGAAGUGCUGUCUGUAACGGCGACAGUGGCGGUGGGCUCUUCCUUCGCAGCUCGAACAAUUCGAGCAUUUGGGAAGUCCACGGUAUCGUUUCUGUCAGUCCCAGACGUCUCGGCACCAGUAUCUGCGAUCCCGACUAUUAUACGGUUUUCACAAAAGUUUCCCCCUACGUCGAUUGGAUCCUUCAAAUUUUGAGCGAACUUCCGGUCCUCGGGCCUCCCUCUCAACAGGAAAUUCGACCGAACAACGAUUUCAUUCGAUUAAAAUAAAUCGUGCACAGUUUCCUUUAUAAUCUUGUAGGAAAAUUAUCGGACUGGAUCCUCGUUCGAUAUUUUGAAUUAUGGAAAUAAAGUAUAACAACAAAAAA